CACGGCUGCUGUGUUAAGGGGCGGUGGGGCUGCGCACGCCGCAGUGCUAAGACCGCCGCGCCGGGCACACAGUGCUCUGUUCUGCCCUGCCUCAUGGCCCUGCGCCUGCAACAGCGCUGCUCGCCGCAUCUGUUUCCAUAGUUUCUUCAGGAUGGUGGGAUCAUUUUCUAUUCAGCAAGUGCUGGUAGACCAGGUGCAGGUGCUAAGCAAGCAGUCAGAUCAAUUGCUGAAGACAAUGGCAACUUCAUCACCACCUUCUAAACGACCUGGACUUCAGAGUGGAAAACGAGAUACUUUCACCCGCAGUAGUUCUUUCGUCCGUCUGAAGCAGUUUCCUGCAUACUUGUGCACAAGAAGCUGUGAUGCUUUCCCCAAUGUGCUUUUGUUCCUUAGCACUGCACUUACAUUUAUUCAGGGCUAUACACAACAGCUUUCCGUGCUUUACAAGAAGUAUGGAAUUUCAGUAUCAUUAUGUGGUGCCCUGAUUGUCUUACUGGGUCAAGUUAUUGGGUGUUGUAUGGGUCUUGUUCUGGGCAACAAGCCACCUGGCUUAAUUUUCUUACUGUGUUGCAUUAUUUUCAUAGCUGUAAUAGGUUACCAGAUCUGUUUGCAGACAAAAGUUGUGAGAAUAAGGCACAGGAAAUUGAAAACACAUUGAUGUGCAAAUAAAUGCUUCAAUUCUGUAUGAAUUCUCAUGUGUAUAGAACAAAUAAAUACAUCAUAAAUUACGUAUCAGUGAGAGUAAUUAGUGAAAAAAUGUAUAGCUGUUCGUAUAUUGAGUGUAUUCUGAUUCUAGAAAUGAGUAAUACGUAAAUCAUAAUGUUUUGAAUAUAUUUGACUGUGUUGACGUGAUAGCUCCAGGAAUUUCCCUGAAGAAACUAGACUGUUGCAAAAAUGGUGACUUCAUAAUUUUAAAUACUGGCACUUAAAAAGUGAUUAGGUUAGAAUACCACAAAUGAGGUGCCCAAAGUGCCUUAAUAUAAAAUAAGUGUUGCUGUGCAUAUAUAAAUGUGUGUGUGUGUGUGUGUCCUUUUUUUUCAUAAAAUAUGCUGGUUUGUGUGUAGCAGGUUUGUUUGUUGUUUAUUGUGGAUUGUGAAGCAAAUGAUGAUGCACUUGGUAUGAGUGCCGAAAUUCCCCUAUUAAGACUGAAUUAUCAUAGUUGCUAUUUUCUCAUACCUCUGCAAUAGUACUUAACCAUCUGACAUGUACAGAAUAUUAUCUAUGUAUCCAGCAUUACUGGUAAAAUAUUUCAAAAUCUUGCCAUUAAAAUAUCAUUUGUAUAUUGAUCACUGUCAGUACUUGUCUCGCAUUCUACUAAAUUCUACUGUAGAUGAUACAACAAACUCUGUACUUGGUAAUUGGUCUGAGAAAUUUAUUUACUGUAUGCAGUGAAAAAACUGUUAAAUAUAGAUUACAAAUAAAAGUAUUUCAGAGGUGAAAAAAGGUUUGUAAACUUUUUCAUUUGAAAGUGUCAAAUAACAUGUGCAAUACAGGCUAUUGUUGAGGAAUUAUGAUGUCAGCAAUAUAAUUUAGUUACCACUGUGAUUUAUUAAAUAUUUUAUUUGACGACCUGUAUAACUGUGCCAAAGUGAAGUCUGAAGAAAUUACUAAAUUAUGUAGCACUUUACUGCAUGGUAAAUGCCUUCACUUAUUUAAUUUCCUGAGAACUUUUACUUUGUACUUGCAUGGAAAAUUUGUACAUAAAAUUUUAUGUGAUGGUUUUUCAUUAAAUGACGAAAUUGUUGGAACACUUGGAA